AUGUCUGAAACCAUCAGCUCUCCCUGCACUCCCGGGCAUGCGGCGGCCACCGACGCUCACGAUGCCCCAGCACCAGCAGAUCUUGGCUUGGGUGUUAAUGCAGUGGAAGAACAACUCGAACAACUCACGCAGUUGGUUCAAAAGCUUACGGCGCGUAUCGCUAGCGAAGAAGACUCUAGAGAGCUCUUGAGGGCUCAGCUUGAUGAGGCAUAUGCGGCAAGCUCACAAUGGGUUGAAGCAAAUCAACAGCAGCUAACUAAGGCCACAAGAACCGCAGAAGAGCUUCAGUAUUUAUUGGAGCAAGAGCGCGCCAGAAAUACAGAAAUGCGCAUGCAGUAUGAGCGUCAGCUUAAGCUGAUCCGCAGUGGAAUUCAGAAGGAGAAACGCAACUUGAAGCAGUCGCUCGUUCAACAGGUCGACGUCAUUGUUCGAAAGUACAGAAACCUUGCAACAGAAGCUGUUGAGGCAGCGCGACAGGAACGCCAAAAAGUCAAAACAGAGAGAAUCAAAGCGCGAGAACUUGCGGAAACCGCUUGCCGAAAUUUUGAAAGGGAUUUAAAGGAAAGAACCAGGAAAGCUCUGGAAGAAUAUCGACAAUUGGCUCAAGAAGCUCACAAGGCAGCACAAGCUGAGCGGGAGGAGCUUCGCACCAAGUGUGCAAACCUUGAAAAGGCAAUGAUAAAUAAACGCCAGCAAUUUGACGCUCUCGUCAUCCGCGAGGCCGAAAAGAGAAUUCAGUGCUACCGGUUGAGCCACCAGAGCAUGAAGGAGCAACUCGAGAAGGAGCGGCAGCAAUUUGGGCAGAUGAUGAGCGAAGUAGCCCAGCGGGUGGAGAAGGAAUGCAGCGAAUACGACACUGCCAUGUUGAAAGCAGUAGCGGUGUUCUGCAAGACAAAGGGUGUAGAUGUUGACGAAUCGACUUUGCGACAACAGCUCGGAGACAUUCGUAUUCAGCGCUUGAAGGAAGCGGGCCGAGAAUCUCAACAGCCAAAUCUGCGCCCGCUAACAGUCAAGUACGGCUUCCAGGCAAUUACUCCCCGGGGCUCCAACUGA